GAGGUCGGCCGCGGUGUCGUGGUCGAGUCGACAGGUCUCUUCCUCACCGACGAGACCGCCCGCAAGCACAUUCAGGCCGGCGCGAAGAAAGUCGUCAUGACAGGCCCGCCAAAGGACGACACGCCCAUGUUUGUCAUGGGUGUGAACAACACAAUGUACAAGGGACAGGAAAUCGUCUCCAAUGCCUCGUGCACAACGAACUGCCUUGCGCCGCUUGCGAAGAUUAUUCAUGAGAAAUUCGGAAUCGCUGAGGGUCUCAUGACGACAGUGCAUGCCACCACGGCAACACAAAAAACAGUGGAUGGUCCGUCGCAGAAAGACUGGCGCGGUGGUCGCGGUGCGGCGCAGAACAUUAUUCCGUCCGCCACCGGAGCACCCAAGGCGGCUGGGAAAGUUAUUCCCGCGCUGAACGGCAGGCUGACCGGCAUGGCGUUCCGUGUGCCGACUCCCAACGUGUCCGUUGUCGACCUCACCGCGCGUCUGGAGAGGCCGGCGACAUACGAGCAGAUCUGCGCCGCCAUCAAGGCAGCCUCUGAAGGGGAGCUGAAAGGCAUUCUUGGCUACACGGAGGACGAGGUUGUUUCCACUGAUAUGAAUGGCGUCGCGCUGACGUCCGUCUUUGCCGUCAAGGCCGGCAUUUCCCUCAACGAUCGCUUCGUGAAGCUUGCCUCAUGGUACGGCAACGAGACCGGGUACUCCCACAAAGUGCUGGACCUCGUUACCUACAUCUCAGCACACUGA